CCUCAACUGCUCUCUGCUUCAGGAAAGCCGACAGAAGAUGCUCCAAGAUAGUGGACUAGAAAAGAACAGCCUAUCAGCCUUACUCGGCGGAAAGCCACCAAGCAAUGCCGCAGCUACCCAGAGUAAAGACAACAAAUGGAGAAUAACAGCAUCACAGCUUCAGGCUGUGCUCAACUUUGCACAAGACUCACAACGGUUUAAGAAUAGAGACAAUCCUACAGCAUAGAACCUCUACACUACUACCCUCUCCUACCCUACUAUCCACCCCCU